AUGGCCACUCGCCAUCGCGAACAUUUCUACUGCAGGUGUCACUGUUCCUCUUCUCACGACCUUUAUCGCUACCCGACUAUCUUUCCAUCAGUUCUCUUCGCUAUUUUUCGACUAUUUUUCGACAUCCCGACCCCGACAGGCAAGAACGACGGAUCAGUCCGCGGCGAGCGGUAUUUUACCUGUCCGCGAGGACAUGAGCUGUCUAUCAGAGAGAACAAUAUAACACGUGUUCUCUCGCAGCCAGCCACGCGAUCAAGCGCAGCAAAGGCUGCUGCACCAGCCGCAACGACAAAAACGACAAAAUCAUGUCCUUCAAGCGUGAUCACCACGACGUCUACAAUACAGACUUCCGUUGUUGCAAAGCGGCAACCGAUCGCAACCUCCUCAUCCCCUUAG